GAGGAAAUAAUAUACAGCCACGUACAAUAAAACAGUCGUGAGUCACUGAACUGUAACGUCCCGCCAGUGUGCGAAGCUAUUGAGUAGCUGAUCCCAUGUGCCCUGGGUGUGCCCUGGGAAAUAUUUCCAUUGGAACGUCCACACAAAAACGCCGUGAAACGUUUUGUUGUUAAGUGUUGGGAGCCAACGAAGUCGUCAAACUGCACGCGUGUUAUAACUCCAGGGGCUACAUCAUGGACGUCACCGAGCAAAUCCAGGCGAUGAUGCCGGACCUGAUCAACGGGAAAACCCACCGACAGCUGGAAGAGGAGUUGGUGACUUACGACCGGUCGAUUGGCUGUCACGUCGUGGACGGAGUCAAAUUUCCCUUCUACGUGCCGCGGUCGAAUCUGGAGGCCCUGAAGACUUUCGAGGUGCGCGAUAAUGACGUGUUCGUCAUCACCUAUCCAAAAUCAGGCACACACUGGAUGGGAGAAAUCCUUCACUUCAUUCUUCACGAGGGAAAGGGAGAUUUCGACCGCUCUUUCAUGGCCUACUCUUUGGAGUGCACUCUCGUAGGUGACCAGACGAAACUUGACAGCGUCACCCCCGGCUACAAGGCCAUCGCAGCCAUGAAGUCGCCCAGGUGUAUCCUAACCCACUGCUUGGAGAGGUUCCGCCCCCCUCAGCUCUUGUCUAAAAACGCAAAGGUGGUAUACGUGGCACGAAAUCCAAAGGACGUACUCAAGUCUUGGCUCCACAAUGUAGAUAUGGCGCCACAGUGGACCUUUGACGAGAAGGUCUGGGCAUUCUGCCAGGGCAAAUUUUUUUACGGAUCUUGGUUUGAUCACGUGCUCAGCUACUGGAGGCAGCGUGCCUGUGCAAAUUUUCUGUUCGUGAAGUACGAAGAUCUUCACAAGGACCUCAAGGGGUCCAUAUGUAAAAUCGCCAAGCAUGUCGGGAAGGAUCUGCCCGAUGACAUCAUUGACAGCAUCGUGGAGAGCGUGACCUUUAGCGGGAUGCAGAGCACCUAUCAACAGCUGGAGGACAAUCUGGGCGAGGAAGGGAAACGCUUGACUCACUCCCUGAGGAACAAACCAUAUUUAAGAAAGGGGCAAGUGGGUGACUGGAAGAACACCUUCACGGUGGCACAAAGCGCCCUCUUUGACAAGGUCUACGCCCUGAGAAUGGAAGGGACCGGCUUAGAGUUUGACUUUGAGAUCUAGGAAGCAAUUUUCCAGUGCACCCUGAAAGCAAAUACUCUACCAUAUUCUUCCUUUUGCUUGCGAUGAUCUGACACCCCAAUGUCAGUAAAAUGGGGGAGAAAAUGGAAAGGAAUUCGUUGCGACAGUUUAUUAAUUUUGUGGUUACUCGUCAGUAGCAUCACGGCAACAGCGCCAUCAUUUAUUUGACAAAUUUUAAAAUGGUUAGCUUUUCUAUUUGGAAUGGUGACCUCGGAUCCUUAUAGACAGCAUCAGCCAAAAUAAAAACACGAAUAAACUUUAUAUUCAAAUGCUUAAAUCUUCACAAAUAUAAUUAUGCACAAUCAAGAGUCUCACAAGUUUAUUUUUUUUUAAUGUGACCAUGCACUUUCGGUGCACUGCCCCUUUAAGCUUUAGAUCGCUGACCCACUGGUUGCCCUAGCAACAGCCUUCCACUGACACGUACUAUGUUCAUAUCCCCUCGCUUAGUUGGUGCGCAUGCGCACCGAAUCCCACUACACUGCCAGAAGCCAGCUCUUUGACUCGGGCAGGUGGAUCCCAAAACUAAUCGAUCAACAUCAAGCUCAGAUAAAGUUGUUUGCCACUCAUUUCCCAACCGAUUAGAAUUUAAACACUCAA